AUGUGGGAUCUCAAUGAUUCGCCGGAUCGGAGGGGGCGCGGCGGGUCAGACGACGAGAAGGGGAAACGGGUCGGGUCUUUUUCGAACUCGGGCUCGUCGGCGGUGGUCGUCGAGGACUGCUCAGACGACGAGGGGACUGCCCGGAAGAGGACCAGCCGAAUCUUCGGGUUCUCUCUGGGCGAGGGACCCGACGGCGGCGGUCGGAGCUCGUCUCCGGUGACGCGGCAGUUUUUUCCGGUGGAUGGGCCGGAGACUACGGAGGCGGCCGGGGAUUUCCCGAGGGCGGCCCACUGGGUGGGGGUCAAGUUCUGCCGGCCCGAGCACGGCGGUGGGACCUCGUCCGGAAAGCUUCCGGCGGCGACCGACGCGGCGCAGCCGCUCAAGAAGAGCCGCCGUGGGCCCAGGUCGAGGAGCUCCCAGUACCGAGGGGUCACGUUCUACCGGAGGACCGGUCGGUGGGAGUCACACAUAUGGGACUGUGGAAAGCAGGUUUAUUUAGGUGGUUUUGAUACAGCUCAUGCUGCAGCCUGUGCAUAUGAUAGGGCAGCAAUUAAGUUCCGAGGAGUUGAAGCAGACAUUAACUUUAGUUUGGAGGAUUAUGAAGAUGACUUAAAACAGAUGAGCAAUUUAACAAAGGAGGAGUUUGUGCAUGUACUAAGGAGACAAAGCACUGGUUUUCCAAGAGGGAGCUCAAAGUAUAGAGGGGUCACUCUGCAUAAAUGUGGUAGAUGGGAAGCAAGAAUGGGCCAAUUUCUAGGCAAAAAGUAUGUCUACUUGGGUCUCUUUGAUACAGAAAUUGAAGCUGCCAGGGCUUAUGAUAAAGCAGCAAUCAAAUGCAAUGGGAAGGAAGCUGUUACCAAUUUUGAUCCCAGUACUUAUAAAGAAGAACUCAGUGCUGCUGAGCCUUCCAGUAGUGCAGCAGACCAUAAUUUGGACCUCAGUUUAGGCAACUCUACUACAUCAAGGCCUCAUGAGAACAAUGCGAGUUCAAUUGGCAUCGAAAACUCCCGAAGAAGGGAUGGGCCAGUAUACAACGAGACCGAAACAUUGCAGCUUCUAAGCCAAACGCACCUCAACUCGCCUGGCUCGUUUAAGGUCACGAACAACAACAAUGAUCAUGUUCAAAGAUACGGACCGUUAAUGAGUAGAACAACAAACGAACCCCAUAACGCGUUUGAUCAUCAAAUGCUUGGCCCACCAUUUAACUCGUCAAAUUAUCGUGCGCAUCAUUUACCGGGGGUGGCCCACAGAAACGAGUUACAGUUACAGCAGUGGCAAAUGAAUGGUAAUUUUCAAAGUGUUCCGGUUUUUGCCAAUGCUGCAGCAUCAUCAGGAUUCCAGAUGAGAUCGCCCGCAAAUUACAACAUGAAUUGGCCGCACAAAAAUGGGAUUCAGUUUUUAAGCAGACCCUCGUGA